GUCGCUCAUUACAAUAAAAUGAUUCCGUUCAACUCUUUGUUCAAAGCUAAUUGUCCUACUAUGGUUCAUCUGCGUUCUGUUGAUGCAUUUUCUCGUCUCUCAGAGAUACUCAGAUUCCAGAAUAACACCAAGUAUAUUGAUAAUGCCCAAGGAUAUAAUGGCAAUACCUAGAGCUGGCAAUAUAGAUCUGAUCGAGGCAGAAUUACCUACCACAGCUUUCCGAAUAAGAACAUAGCCUGCACACGUCAGAAAAGUACUUCUGAAUAGCCGAGGAUGCCAGAGCUAACGAUAGUAUUGGACGCGAGUCCCUCUCCUAUUGAUGCCUUAACAGAAACAAAGUUCUUCGAACUCUCUUCUCUGAUUGGAAUACUUCGUCGAGAAUUGCAGCCACUUUCAUACGCGCUAAUUCGCCAGCUGUCUGAAAGGGCAUACCAUGGGGGUUUCAUACCGAGCCGCGGUGUCUUGACUGUCAGAGACGAUUUCGACGUAAUAACGGCUAGCCUACAUGAUACAGACAACGAAUCAUUUCCAGAUGGUGCAGCAGCUUCGGCUAGGCUGCCAUUAACCGGGGCGGACAAUUCCCAGUGCAUAAGUCCCUCUGACGUCGCAAAAGAAGUAAAUUCUGAGAGUUUCAGAGCACCUGUUGCUUUGGGCGGUGGUACGCCUUCUGAAACACUGAGCGACGUGAGGGUAUCCCGAGGUGUUAAUCAAGAAUCUUGCCCCGAGACUGUUCAGAAUCCGGGCAAGCCCCGCAAACGACCGAGGCGCGUGCCAGAAUCUGCUUUGAGCCUGACAUUUGACGAGCACAUUAUAUACGCGCUUCUGUCACAAUGUGAGUUCGCGAAGAAAAGACGGUUGAACCAUGAAGAAAUCCUGCAGGUCCUGGACGCGCAAAGGCACCUUGUCGUCAGAAGUCCGCGUCAAAUCCUUGAGCCUAUUUGGGCCUGCUGGGAAGAAAAUGUGGCCCACGGUUUGCUUCCUGUUGGUAUCCCCACUUUAUGGUUUGGUGUAGAGGCCGCGGCGAGGUGUCUCGGCGACCUCGAAGCCGACCCUAUUUCGGACUCUUUUGCUGGUAGAAUAAAGUGUUUUUUAUUUUAUUUGAACUACGCUGUGCUCUCCAGUGAUCCAGACAGAUUCGGCUUGCGUCCCAAAAGAGGCCGAAAAACAAGCCAUUUGAUUGACUUGAUCACCCAGCAUCUGGAGGAUGGUCCCUUUGAGAGAUGCAGUACAGACACUUGGCGCAAAGCAGUUCACAAGUACCGACAAAAGGGGUUCCGUUUGUGGCAGCUCGCAAGUGUACUUGGUUUCGGUUUUCUCCUAGCCACCGACGCUGCUGUAAUUGAGAAAUUAACGAUUCACACCUUUACCAACAGCCAAGUGGAUGCCCUUGUUACCUGUGCUUUUUACACCCGCCCUGCAACCCUGGAAUAUUUCCAUUCCUUGGAGUCGGCGUUCAGAAAUUUGGUUUUCGGGGAAAGGACGCUUGAUACUGCGGGAAUAAAUGCUCAGGAUUCGCUGACUCAGCUACGGUGUAGCUCGCGGCUCAACCUGACACGGUCGCAACUGGCCGAAAUGCGAGAAAAAGAUGAGGCGCAAUACAACAACCAAUAUUCUGGCUGUCCUUGGAUAGUGCUCGACUCCAAGAGACAAAUUUUGCCAAAGGCAAAAGAGCUUCUUGAAAAGCAUUACGAAGUGUGGACAGAUUUUGCUUACCACAAUUGACCUGGUCCCAUGGAAAGACUUGACAGGUACGGUACACGUACGCACUGUCGGGACUCUCGUUCACUUGAGAAAACGUCUGUCAUCCUGCAUCUCUCUCCCGUCCGAGAUCCGCAAAAGGCUAUCUCGCUGGGCAUACGACUUUUAAGGCCCCGUACAAGAUAUGAUCUAUUCCUGUAUCCCUUCUUGCUUGAUGUCGCCGUAAUAGUAAACUUGACCUUAUCCAAAUGAGUUUCCUAAGUUAUACCUGCUCUCGAC